UAUAAUAGCAAGAAAGAAUCUGUAUAUUUGUUGAAUCAAAAAUAAUCAGUAACGCUUUGAGUGAAGAUGAUGAAUGUUGCAGUGACAGCCACUCCCUCGUCUCUCUUGUACUCUCCUCUGCUUCUUCCUUCUCAAGGGCCAAACCGGCGAAUGCAAUGGAAAAGAAACGGAAAGGUUUGUUUUUGAAACUUCUCUUUUAUCUCCUCCAAGUUUGAAUUAGCUGAUGAAUUCUACAAGGAACUCUUUUUUGGGUUGUAACAUGAACAAUGAACCAUGUAGGGAAAGUGUUUGAUGAAAUGCUUCAAUGAAACUCUUACUUGUUUUGUUUUGAACUUGAAUUCAAAAACACACUCUUUGGUGUGUUUUCAUUUUGCAGAGACGGUUAGGGACAAAGGUGGCUGUUUCCGGUGUUAUCACAGCUGGAUUUGAGCUGAAGCCACCUCCAUAUCCUCUUGAUGCUCUGGAACCGCAUAUGAGCCGGGAAACCUUGGAUUAUCACUGGGGCAAACAUCACAAAACUUAUGUAGAGAACCUGAACAAGCAAAUCUUAGGCACGGAUCUAGAUGCAUUAUCCUUGGAAGAAGUUGUGCUUCUUUCAUACAACAAAGGCAAUAUGCUUCCUGCUUUCAACAACGCUGCACAGGCUUGGAACCACGAGUUCUUCUGGGAGUCUAUCCAACCUGGAGGUGGAGGAAAGCCAACUGGAGAGCUCCUCAGAUUAAUAGAAAGAGAUUUUGGGUCUUUCGAAGAGUUUUUGGAAAGGUUCAAGUCGGCUGCAGCUUCGAAUUUUGGUUCGGGUUGGACAUGGCUUGCAUAUAAGGCGAAUAGACUUGACGUUGCAAAUGCCGUUAAUCCUCUCCCAAAGGAGGAAGACAAGAAACUUGUUAUAGUGAAGACGCCCAAUGCAGUAAAUCCGCUCGUAUGGGAUUAUUCUCCACUUCUCACCAUUGAUACCUGGGAGCACGCUUACUAUCUGGAUUUUGAGAACCGAAGAGCUGAAUACAUAAAUACAUUCAUGGAAAAGCUUGUGUCAUGGGAAACUGUAAGCACAAGGUUGGAAUCCGCAAUUGCUCGAGCAGUGCAAAGAGAACAAGAAGGAACAGAGACAGAAGAUGAAGAGAAUCCAGAUGAUGAAGUACCAGAGGUCUAUUUAGAUAGUGACAUCGAUGUAUCUGAGGUUGACUAAAACUUGUGAAGCAAUAACAUUAGCAUCUUAAAUGUUAAUUACACAGAGCAAAUUUUUUUGCAUUCUUAAGCCCCAAAACAUUAAAAAAAUCACUAACUUAAACAAAAACAAAAAGCUUUGUU